UCUGUUGACACCGUUGCUUCAGUUGAUGAAGCUGGUGCAGCUGAUUCUGUUGAUGAUGCUGGUGCAGUUGAUUCUGUUGAUGAUGCUGGUGCACUUGAUUCUGUUGACACCGUUGCUUCAGUUGAUGAAACUGGUGCAGUUGAUUCUGUUGAUGAUGCUGGUGCACUUGAUUCUGUUGACACCGUUGCUUCGGAUGAUGAUGCUGGUGCACUUGAUUCUGUUGACACCGUUGCUUCGGAUGAUGAUGCUGGUGCAGUUGAUUCUGUUGAUGAUGCUGAUGUAGUCGAUUCUGUUGACACCGUUGCUUCAGUUGAUGAAGCUGGUGCAGCUGAUUCUGUUGAUGAUGCUGGUGCAGUUGAUUCUGUUGACACCGUUGCUUCGGAUGAUGAUGCUGGUGCAGUUGAUUCUGUUGAUGAUGCUGGUGCAGUUGAUUCUGUUGACACCGUUGCUUCGGAUGAUGAUGCUGGUGCCGUUGAUUCUGUUGAUGAUGCUGAUGUAGUCGAUUCUGUUGACACCGUUGCUUCAGUUGAUGAAGCUGGUGCAGCUGAUUCUGUUGAUGAUGCUGGUGCAGUUGAUUCUGUUGACACCGUUGCUUCGGAUGAUGAUGCUGGUGCAGUUGAUUCUGUUGAUGAUGCUGGUGUAAAUUACUCGAUGCAACUGGAGCUGCUUGCAAAAGACUUUGUGGGACAAUGCACUCAAAGGAAACCCAAUCCCAAUGUCCAAAAACAAUACAGAGGCUUCUCAGUUACAACUCUCGUGACGGUGGGCGGUGAUUAUCCAUUUGAAACGAUGGUGUCCACUUUCGGUGACAAGGCCGUUUUCUAUGACUACGACAAAAAUUCCUGCAUGGGCGACUGCUCCGUGUACACACAAGCAGUGUGGGCAACUACAACGGAGGUGGGAUGUGCAAAGAGCAGAUGUGAUGGCCUGCUACCCAAUGAGGCGAGGCCCACCUACCUGCUGGCCUGCAUGUACAAUCCCGCGUGA